UGUGGCUUCUUUCUUAUUUAUCUACAAACCAUUCAAUGGAUUAAAAAGCUGGUAUUAAAUGUUUAGUUGAGUGAUCCUGAAGUCUCAUUUUUCUCUAUUCACUGUAGUAUUGCUAUCUGACUUAUAACGACAAAUGAACCAAAUGAUUACAGAUGAUCCAAACAAACCACCUUGCGGAAGACUGUCCAGUGGAAGCAAGCGUAGCUAUGAUGAUGAUAGUGAUCCCUGUGAAGCUGCUCAUCUCUUACCUUCAACCUCAACUAAAAGAGUAAAGCCAACUAUUGAAAGAGACAAAGUGCUAAUGUAUGCUUUUAAAGACAAGCUCAAUGACAUACUGGCAAAUGAUAUUAUACAUUUUAUUGAAUCAAGUGCCGAUUUGGAAGCUCACAAAUCUGAAAUCACUUCUAGUACAAGGCUUCGCAAAGGAACAGCUACACAAGCUCAACAAAGAAUAAAUGCUGAACCCACUAAAAUUGAACAUCUUUUGAGAAGAAAGAGAGAAGAAAGGACACCAUUACAACGUGGAAAAGAUUUUGUAAAGAAAAACUUUGUCAAUAUUGUCAAAGAACCUCGAACUAAUAUAAAAGGAAAGGAUAAAGUCACAAAGCGAGCACCUAAAGCCAAAAAUGAUAACGAAUCUGUUAAAACCAAUAAAGAAAAACCGAAAGUCAGGAUUUUAUUAGCACUUCGCUAG